ACUAUUUACAUUGUUAUGAAGUUACACUGACACAUCAAAAAAAUUGUUUUGUUGGAAUGGGUUGCUGUAAAUUAUUUUAAAGCAACUUUAUAGAAGUGUUGACCAUUAUUAGUUUAGUGGAUCAAGUUCUUUGUAAAAGUAUGUUCGGUAUGGCUUCACGGAACCCACAUACCCUUAUGGCACUGCCAAAUGAAGAAAGCUUUGACUUCCUCUUCAAAGUUGUUUUGAUUGGAGAUUGUGGAACUGGGAAAACUUGUAUAGUGGAACGUUUCAAGACUGGAAAUUUCGUCGAACGACAUGGAAAUACGAUUGGUGUAGACUUCUCUAUGAAAACUAUAAAUAUAGAAGGAAAAGCAACUAAGCUUCAAAUUUGGGAUACUGCCGGGCAAGAACGCUUCCGCACAAUUACACAAAGCUAUUAUCGCUCUGCGAAUGGGGUUAUAAUUGUCUAUGAUAUAACCAAGCGAUCGUCCUUUUCAAAUUUACAAAAAUGGAUUGAAGAAGUACGACGGUACACAGCAUCCAACGUAUUACUCAUUUUAAUUGGUAAUAAAUGCGAUUUGGAAGAAGAACGCGAAGUGGACUUCGAAGAAGCAAAGCAAAUGUGCCAAUAUAUCCCGGAAAUACUUUUCGUAAUGGAAACAUCAGCGAAACAAAAUACAAAUGUGGAAGAUGCGUUUGUCUGCUUGGCGACUGAGUUAAAGCUAUGGACUAGAAAUAUAUGGGCAUCGUGGCAAACAUAAUCUUAAGAUGCUAGCAGCUCCGUACCAUACUGCUGUUCGCCGCUCUCUUCGCGCCUUCCCUACAUCUCCAAUAAAGAAUAUGUUAACUGAAGCAGGGCUGCCUUCGUUAAACGACAUAAUGGUAGAUUCCACCUAUAAGCUCUACCCAAAAUUCGUCACUGGCUCCAACUCUCUGCUUCUGAAAGACUCUAAUAGAGCUGCCUCACGGAAGCGGUUGCCUAAGGUUCAAUCCACCAUUUAUAAAUGUGCAAUGUAUGCAAGAGACAACCAGUAACCGCUAACAAAGCCUAUACCUCGGGGUACUCUUCACCCGCCAUGGACAAUUAAAGAAGGAUCAUUCGUCAGCCUCGUCCCUUCCUAAAUCCAGCACUACUAGCUCUGAGUACAUAGCCCGAUUCUCUGAAGUUGCAAAUCAGUUCAAAUCGAGAGGCUGGCAGUUCAUUUUUACUGAUGGAUCUAAAUCUUCUAACACCUCUUUUGCUGCUGUGAAAGAAAAUAAUAUACCUAUAUCGUACGGUGCUACCCUUCUGUUCUGUUUGCACAGCUGAAGCUACUGCCAUUCUUCACGUUUUUAAUUUUUCUAAGCAAAGUAAAGGAAAAUUUGUCAUUUGCACAGAUAGCUUAUCUUGCUUUAAAGCCACACAAAACUUCAGCAAUACUAAUUAAAUUGUCUGUGCUUUAAGAGACGUCCUAAUCGCCUCCCCCACAAACUGAGAAUUAUAUGGGUUCCGGGUCAUUCGAGCAUCAAAAGCAAUUCGAUGGCGGACACAACUGCCAAAGAAAUGUGCAACACCCCUACAAUGACCUCCUCUCUCUUCAUCAAGAGCGAAAUAAACCGGCUUAUAGCUCAACAAAGAAGUGCCAAGUUGACUGGAUGAAUUAUACCAAUCAUUACUCCCGCAUUAACAUUACUCGGUCUAAAUUAACUUAUUCGACGUCCGUCCCAGCAAACUACAUCACUCCCUAUAUACGAUUACGUAUUGGCCACACCAUUAUUACAAACAGUCAUCUACUGAAUGGUACCAGUCCUAACCAGUGCCCUUUUUGUGAUUCCACCGUUAGCGUUCUACACAUUGUAGCUUUUUGUCCUGUUCUGGCAAAUCACAGACAUCGCAUUUUUGGAAAUGAUGAUCCAUUUGAAUUACUAAUGAACCCUUCUACUAACAACAUAUGUAAAAUUUACAAUUUUCUCAAGGAUACUGAUCUUCUCCAGCGCAUUUAAGACAAAGCCUUUUCACCAGCCAGCCGAAAGCCUCUGCUGCUAGCGCUGCUUUUUCAUAGGUUGUAUAAUAAUUGUUAUUA